AUGGCUCAAGAUAAUGUCCACGCUGCUCUGGGCAGUCCAGAGAUGGAGGAAUCACAUCGCCUCCAUGUGUCAGAGGAUGCCCAGAGGCUUUCACAGGAGUGUCUUGAGAAGGAGGAAGUCCAAUCCGAAGUUAAGACGCUUAAAACAGAAUUGCUUCAAUACCAGACAGAACUCAAUCAAUCCAGUGAAGAGUGGAAAAAGAUUAAUUCACUUUUAAAAAUGAAGGACCUCAAACUAUCCGAAGCCAGGGGAAUGAAUGACAUGGCGUUAAAGGUGCUGGAAUCAGUAGUAGAUUCGCUUGAAUUGGAGUUAAACAAAGUGAGGGCGGAAAGUGGCAGGUACAUAAGCAAGCAGGAAGAGGUACAAUUGGGAUUUAGUGAGAAGGGUGAAAAUAUGACUGCUGAGGUGACCCAACUUCAAUGUCUGAAGACUACAGAGCAAACAGAGAUUGAGAGUCUGAGGGCAACUGUUAAUGACCUCGAGCAGCGUGUAGAGGAGGCUCAACGAGACAAUGAUGAGAAGGUGGCCCAACUUAAACACCUGGAAGAUACAAUGAACACAAAGACCAAAACCUUCCAGGAAACACUGCAGGAUUACGAGGAAAGAGAGAACUCUCUGAACAAGCAGAACAAGAUCAUUGCUAAUGACCUGGCCCUGCUUGAAUCUCACACAGACAAAAAUCAGGCAGAGAAUGAUAAUCUGCGGGCAGAAGUGGAUGAUCUGCAGGAAAAUGAGAAAAUCCUAACUUUGAAGAACCAGAGCCUGACAGCUGAGGUCGCCAGCCUUGAAUCUCGGACAAAGGAAGAGCAAGGAGACAUUGAAUGUUUGUUGUCAACAGUGCGUGACCUUCAGUGUCAAGUAAGGGAGGGUCAUGGAGCCAACAGGGAUAAAGAUGAGGUAAUAGACCUAGAGAAGCGGACGAAUGACAAAUAUCUGUCAGAGAUCAAAGAACUUAGGCAAGCGCUGCAAGAUUUUUCGAAAAUGGAAUUAUUUCAGAGUGAGCAGAAUGAGAGCUAUGCUAAUGAGUUGGCUCAACUUCGGUCUCAGACAGCUAAACAAAAUGAGGAGAACAAAACACUGAAGACAACUGUGCAAGAACUUCUGGACAAAGUGGAGGUGAAUGAGCAAAACAUCUGGAUUAAAAAUCAGAUUAUAACUAAACAAGUCAGGGAAAUUGGUUGUAAGAAGGAAAAUAUACAGGAACUCUACAACACAAGAAGCCAGUUGCAACAAUCAAUCUGUGAUCUCAAAGACCAGUUGGAGAUGAGGCGGGAGGAGAAACUGGCUGGCCAUAGAGAGGAAUGUAGUCAUUGUGGCAAAAAUACAGUAUCAUCUGAUAAUCAGAGAGAUGAGAGCCUCCUGGAGACUACACCUGAUGGUGAGAUAUAUGAGACUCCACCUGAGAAAAAGACGGAUGAGACUUCACCUGAGAAUCAGACAGAUAAGACCUCACCUGAGAAUCAGACAGAUGAGACUCCACCUGAUAAUCAGACAGAUGAGACUCCACCUGAGAAUCAGACAGAUGAAACUACACUUGAGAAUCAGACAGAUGAGACUCCAUCUGAGAAUCAGACAGAUGAGACUACACCUGAUGAUAAGAUAUAUGAGACCUCACCUGAGAAUCAGACAGAUGAGAGUCCACCUGAUAAUAAGAAAUAUGAGACUCCACCUGAGAAUCAGACAGAUGAGGCUACACCUGAUAAUCAGACAUAUGAGACUCCACAUGAGAAUCAGACGGAUGAGACUCCACCUGAGAAUCAGACAGAUAAGACCUCACCUGAGAAUCAGACAGAUGAGACUUCAACUGAGAAUCAGACGGAUGUGACCUCACCUGAGAAUCAGACAGAUGAGACUCCACCUGAGAAUCAAACCUAUGAGACUACACCUGAGAAUCAGACAGAUGAAACUACACCUGAGAAUCAGACAGAUGAGGCUACACCUGAUAAUCAGACAGAUGAGACUCUGCCUGAGAAUCAGAUGGAUGAGACUUCAACUGAGAAUCAGACGGAUGUGACCUCACCUGAUAAUCAGACAGAUGAGACUCCACCUGAGAAUCAAACCUAUGAGACUACACCUGAGAAUCAGACAGAUGAGGCUACACCUGAUAAUCAGACAUAUGAAACUCCAUCUGAGAAUCAGACAGAUGAGACUACACCUGAUGAUAAGAUAUAUGAGACCUCACCUGAGAAUCAGACAGAUGAGAGUCCACCUGAUAAUAAGAAAUAUGAGACUCCAUCUGAGAAUCAGACAGAUGAGGCUACACCUGAUAAUCAGACAUAUGAGACUCCACAUGAGAAUCAGACGGAUGAGACCUCACCUGAGAAUCAGACAGAUGAGACUUCAACUGAGAAUCAGACGGAUGUGACCUCACCUGAUAAUCAGACAGAUGAGACUCCACCUGAGAAUCAAACCUAUGAGACUACACCUGAGAAUCAGACAGAUGAGGCUACACCUGAUAAUCAGACAUAUGAAACUCCAUCUGAGAAUCAGACAGAUGAGACUACACCUGAUGAUAAGAUAUAUGAGACCUCACCUGAGAAUCAGACAGAUGAGAGUCCACCUGAUAAUAAGAAAUAUGAGACUCCACCUGAGAAUCAGACAGAUGAGGCUACACCUGAUAAUCAGACAUAUGAGACUCCACAUGAGAAUCAGACGGAUGAGACCUCACCUGAGAAUCAGACAGAUGAGACUUCAACUGAGAAUCAGACGGAUGUGACCUCACCUGAGAAUCAGACAGAUGAAACUACACCUGAGAAUCAGACAGAUGAGGCUACACCUGAUAAUCAGACAGAUGAGACUCUGCCUGAGAAUCAGAUGGAUGAGACUUCAACUGAGAAUCAGACGGAUGUGACCUCACCUGAUAAUCAGACAGAUGAGACUCCACCUGAUAAUCAGACGGAUAAGACCUCACCUGAGAAUCAGAUGGAUGAGACUUCAACUGAGAAUCAGACGGAUGUGACCUCACCUGAUAAUCAGACAGAUGAGACUCCACCUGAGAAUCAAACCUAUGAGACUACACCUGAGAAUCAGACAUAUGAGGCUACACCUGAUAAUCAGACAAAUGAGACUCCAUCUGAGAAUCAGACAGAUGAGGCUACACCUGAUAAUCAGACAGAUAAGACCUCACCUGAGAAUCAGACAGAUAAGACCUCACCUGAGAAUCCGACAUAUGAGACUCCACCUGAGAAUCAGACAUAUGAAACUCCACCUGAGAAUCAGACAGAUGAGACUCCACCUGAGAAUCAGAUAGAUGAGGCUACACCUGAUAAUCAGACAGAUGAGACUCCAACUGAGUAUGAACCUCCACCUGAGUAUGAAACUCCACUUGAGAAUCAGACAGAUGAGACUCCACCUGAGAAUCAGACAGAUAAGGCUACACCUGAUAAUCAGACAGAUGAGACUCCACCUGAUGAUGAGGUAUAUGAGACCUCACCUGAGAAUCAGACAGAUGAGACUCCACCUGAGAAUCAGACAGAUAAGACCUCACCUGAGAAUCAGACGGUUGAGACUCCACCUGGUAAUCAGACAUAUGAGAAUACACCUGAGAAUCAAACAUAUAAGACUACACCUGAGAAUCAGACAGAUAAGACCUCACCUGAGAAUCAGACAAAUGACACUACACCUGAUAAUCAGAUAUAUGAGACCUCCCCUGAGAAUCAGACAGAUGAGACUCCACCUGAGCAUCAGACAGAUGAGGCUACACCUGAUAAUCAGAUAGAUGAGACUCCACCUGAGAAUCAGACGGAUGAGACUUCAACUGAGAAUCAGACAGAUGAGGCUACACCUGAUAAUCAGAUGGAUGAGACUUCAACUGAGAAUCAGGCGGAUGAGACUCCACCUGAGAAUCAGACAGAUAAGACCUCACCUGAGAAUCAGACAGAUGAGACUCCACCUGAGCAUCAGACAGAUGAGGCUACACCUGAUAAUCAGAUAGAUGAGACUCCACCUGAGAAUCAGACGGAUGAGACUUCAACUGAGAAUCAGACAGAUGAGACUCCACCUGAGAAUCAGACAGAUGAGGCUACACCUGAUAAUCAGAUGGAUGAGACUUCAACUGAGAAUCAGGCGGAUGAGACUCCACCUGAGAAUCAGACAGAUGAGGCUACACCUGACAAUCAGAUGGAUGAGACUUCAACUGAGAAUCAGGCGGAUGAGACUCCACCUGAGAAUCAGACAGAUAAGACCUCACCUGAGAAUCAGACAGAUGAGACUCCACCUGAGCAUCAGACAGAUGAGGCUACACCUGAUAAUCAGAUAGAUGAGACUCCACCUGAGAAUCAGACGGAUGAGACUUCAACUGAGAAUCAGACAGAUGAGACUCCACCUGAGAAUCAGACAGAUGAGGCUACACCUGAUAAUCAGAUGGAUGACACAAUGUCUGAUGAUGAGACAGAUGACACAAUGUCUGAUGAUGAGACAGAUGACACAACGUCUGAUGAUGAGACAGAUGACACAAUGUCUGAUGAUGAGACAGAUGACACCACACCUGAUGAUCAGACAGAUGGCACUACACCUGAUGAUCAGACAGAUGGCACAAUGUCUGAUGAUGAGACAGAUGACACAAUGUCUGAUGAUGAGACAGAUGACACAAUGUCUGAUGAUCAGACAGAUGACACUACACCUGAUGAUCAGACAGAUGGCACUACACCUGAUGAUCAGACAGAUGACACAAUGUCUGAUGAUGAGACAGAUGACACAAUGUCUGAUGAUGAGACAGAUGACACAACGUCUGAUGAUGAGACAGAUGACACAAUGUCUGAUGAUGAGACAGAUGACAAUACACCUGAAGAUCAGACAUAUGACACAACGUCUGAUGAUCAGACAGAUGAAAAAACACCUGAUGAUCAGACUGAUGUUAAUACACCUGAUGAUCAGACAAAUGACAUUACACCUGAGGAGAGCCUCCUGGUGGCUCCAGCUGCUGAGGUUCAGACCAAAAGUUGCACUAGAAGUCUAUGGAAAGUAGGAUUCCAUCUUUGCAUCACCACCGUGGGUAUACUUAUUCACAUGGGAAUAUCAGGCAGUACAAUGACUCCCAACUACACUUCAGACUUUAACGGCUGCCUGUUGAACUGUGCACACGACCUGCUACAUUCCCUCUGCAAUGGUCAACACAUCUUACCUCCUCCCUACUAA